AUGAGCAAUUCACUCCACGCCCAGAUCUCCGGGCUCGCCAAAGAAAAUCCACUCUCGGCAACUCUCGUGACUAUAGCAGCUUUUCUAGCAACAAUAUUCAGCGUCGUUCAAGAGAUUUUUGCUCCGGUUGGAAAACGCAGACCUCUCCAUGGAAAGAGAUGGAAGCUCCCUCCUGGCCCUCAAGGAAUACCCAUAUUUGGAAGCCUGUUAGACGUUCGCAAGAUUCGCGAUGCCCAAGAUCAAAUAAUAAACAAUGAACUCGCGAAAUAUAAGGAGAUGACUACUCUGCACCUCGGAUCAAAAACGUGGAUUUUGCUCAAUAGCAAGCGCGUGAUCUCGGAAAUUAUCGCAAAACGCGGUACGCUCACGAACGGCCGAAGCCCUAUGCCCGUUGCCAGUGGCAUUGUUAGCCGCAACGGGCGCUCUCUUCUGCUUCCUCCCUCAGGAUGGACCGAGAAGCGACGAGUAAUGCACUCGCUGCUCAGUGGCACAGCGCUAAAGCAGUAUGCAUCAUGGCAGGAACUGGAAAGUCCCCAACUGCUUGCUGAAUAUCUGUUCCAACCGGAGAGAUGGUACCGUCAUCACUAUCGGUAUGCAAACUCCGUAGUCCACCGCAUUGCGCUCGGGGAGCGGCUGGUCAAAUCAGGUAAAGAGCUUGAGGACGUACAGAAUCAUCGAUCAGGCCUGAUCGACUGGUUUCCCGAACUUGAUCGUCUCCCCCGCGAGAAGGUCGGUGAUUGGAACGAGGAGGUAGAGCAAGGAACAGCCCCUCCAUCAUGGGUUCGCGACGUUCUUUUGCACCCGGACACCAAGUUUACUGGGGACGAUCAGGAAGCCAUGUAUGUUGCUCUGCAGCUUCUGGAGGCUGGAUCCGAUACGACCCGAGAAGUUUUCCAAAAGGCCAGGGAAGAGGUCGACCGAUUGUGUGGUAAUGAUGGGAGUCUACGUCUGCCAGGGAUCGACGACCUUGAAAAUUUGCCCUACAUUUGCGCCUUGAUCAAGGAUAUCCUGCGGCGGAGACCCAUUUUCUUUCUGACCCCUGAUCAUGUGCUUACCUCGGAUAUGGAGUUUGAGGGCUACCACUUUCCGGCAGGGGUUGGCUUCGUAAUCAACGAGGUACCAGUAUGCAACGAAUGCGAGGACCCAGAGGAAUUCAGGCCAGAGCGGUGGCUGGAUGGACAUAAAACUGACGCUGUACAUGGUCUGUAUACUUGCAUCUUCACCUGCUCCUACACCGCCCGCUAUUUACUCAGCUCUACUAGGAAAGAGUACGCAAGCGCGAUUCUGUAG